AUGAGGUCUGGGUGCGGCGGAAAUAAGGACGCCUCCUACCCAGACCCGCGUGCCCCUGGAGACACGUGGGCUGGCCGGAACCUGCGGCUCGCCCGCUCCGCCCCGCCCUCCGGCCCCCGCCCCGCCCUCCGGCCCCCGCCCCGCCCUCGAUCUCCCCCUACCAAGGCAGGUCUGAGGCACUUCCGCUCAGAGCAGCCGCCUCCCGCCCUCAACCGGAACCGGAAGGCGGGGCCGGGCCGUCAUUCAACUUGCCCCCGCCGAUUACGGCGGGGCGACGCGCGCCUUGGGCCCGCCCAGGAAGGUUCCGCGGACGGAAGGCAGGCGCCUGGUCUAGGACGUCAUCGCGCUGACGCCGGCGUCCGCUCGGCCCCGCCUGCUCCGUUGAAAAUGCCGGACUCAACAUGGCGGCGCGCGCUCCGCCCGCUUCACCCCGGUGUUUCCUCUGGCGCGGGUAAGGGAGACGACAUUGUGGGCUCGUACCGUCUCCGGAUAGCUAGGGUCGGCCCUUACCUGCGAGUCCGUUAA